CAGAUGGAAUUCGACGAGAAGGAGCUCCGAAGAGAGAUCAGCUACGCGAUUAAGAACAUCCAUGGCAUCAGAACUGGUCUCUUCACCCCCGACAUGGCUUUUGAGACCAUUGUGAAGAAGCAAGUCAAGAAGAUUAAGGAACCUUGCUUGAAAUGUGUGGACAUGGUCAUUUCGGAGUUAAUCAGUACGGUUAGACAGUGCACCAAGAAGCUAAGCCAAUAUCCCCACCUGCGAGAGGAGAUGGAGCGUAUCGUGACCACUUAUAUCCGGGAGAGAGAAGGAAGGACCAAAGACCAGGUAUGUUCUAUCUGAAGAAGCUUCCCAUUUCUGUAGCCACCUUCCAGAGGA